GUGAGUUUGCAUCUGGAAAGUUUUGUGCUCGUCAGUCUGUUGUACUUGCUUGGUGAUAUGGCUACUUACUUGGUACUCAAUACCGGAGCCAAGAUGCCUAUUUUGGGGCUUGGCACGUGGAAGUCUCCUAAAAAUAAAGUCAAAGAAGCUGUGAAGAAGGCCAUUGAUGUUGGGUAUCGCCAUAUUGAUUGUGCCUAUGUCUACGAAAAUGAGAAUGAAGUCGGAGAAGCAGUAGAUGAGAAAAUCAAAGAGGGAGUUGUAAAGCGUGAGGACCUUUUCAUUGUCAGUAAGUUGUGGUGUACCUUUUUAGAGAAGCCCUUGGUUAGAAAGGCGUGCCAGCUGUCAUUGUCUGCACUGAAACUAGAUUACCUGGAUCUCUACCUCAUUCACUGGCCAGCGGGAUUGAAGGCUGGUGAUAAAGAUUUACCUUUGGAUGAAAGGGGACUGGCAAUUCCAAGUGAUGCUGAUUAUGUCGACACAUGGGAGGCCAUGGAAGAAUUGGUGGAUGCGGGCAUGGUAAAAGCCAUAGGAAUCUCUAACUUCAACCAUGAACAAAUAGAGAGGAUCUUGAACAAACCAGGACUGAAAUACAAACCAGCCAAUAAUCAGAUUGAAUGUCAUCCAUAUCUGACCCAGGAAAAGCUAAUUGAGUACUGCCACUCAAAAGACAUUUCUGUGACAGCAUAUAGUCCCCUCGGCUCAGUAGAUAGGCCAUGGGCAAAACCAGAUGAGCCUUCACUUCUGGACGACCCCAGAGUUAAAGUCAUUGCAGAAAAGCGCAAAAAAACUCCUGCUCAGGUUUUGCUCCGCUUUCCUACGCAAAGACAUCUUGCUGUAAUACCAAAGUCUGUUACUCCUGCACGCAUUGAAGAGAACUUUAAGGUGUUUGAUUUUGAACUAACUAAAGAAGAAAUUGAUACUAUUUUGAGCCUUAACAUGAACUGGCGAGCCUGUCCAAAUCAAUGGAGUGGUGAAUACAAGCACUACCCUUUCAAUAUUGAAUUUUGAAGAAUCUGCCACGUUACUGAACUGUCCUUAUCAGCAGUGAAAACUACAAAAACAGUUUCUGUACUGACGUUACUUGGGAUUACGCUUUCCUUAAAUUUGCUUUUGUCACUGUGAAUGAGAAGCACUUAAUUAAUGAAAAAGUUGCAAAGCUAGUUAUGAUUCAACUUGCACACGUCCCAUCUU